AUGAAACAAACAAAAUUGAUUAUCCCAAAGAGUUAUAUUUUACUAUCUUUAAAAUUGGAACCCAAAGGUAUUUUGCUGAAAACAUCAGAUGCAUCUUCCCUUCUUCUGUUUGAUGAAAAUACCACUUCUACUGGAAGUUCUUUAGUGUUCCCUUUAAGAAAAUUGUCGAAUUCCUACAUCAUUUCUACAUUGACACCUUUUGAUGAUAGCCUCGACUCUGCAGCGCAAUUUGCUAUCGCGGCAACAAAAGAUGAUACACAAGUUUCUAUCACUUUCAAAAUGGAUGUGGACAGAAAAAUUGAAUACGAUGGACGAGCCUAUCGAAACGGAGAUGUGAUGCAUUUAACGAUGCAUCGACUUAGAACAUUCCAAGUUGUUGCCCACAAGGCGGAUCUAACCGGAACAACUAUUAGCGCGUCAUAUCCGGCGGCUGUGUUUUCGGGAAAUAAGUGCAACCGACUGGAUAUAUAG